UCAGUCAGUCGCCGCGGCCUCUAGAGCCGCGCCCGAGGACCUGUCUCCGUCCAGGACUCCCCCCUCCCCCGGGUGUCCGCGCUCUGGUCUGCUCCUGGCGCGCCGAUGGCCGCUUGCGGCGAGACUUCUGGCCGCCGCCGCUGAGGUCGGCAGUCCGCUGGCACCGCAUCAGGACCGCGGGGACCCCCCUUGUGACCGGGGGCUAUUUCGAGAGACUGCGCCCCCUUCUCCCCCCACCUUCGUAGCAGCGUCUGAACAUCUGAGCGGCCGUGGCUCCAUUGUGUCUCCCUGCAGAACCAGCGCACCAGGGCUGAUGGCGGCGACCCGGCUGCUGCUGCUGCUGUGGGGCGGAGCCCUGUGCUGCGUCACGGCGCAGACGCCCGAGCAGGUGAUGGUGGUCCCGGUGGGAGCGACCGUGGUGAUGCCGUGUCCCAGCAACGACGACGACCACAUCUUCCAGUUCUGGCAGCUGGCGGCGGGAGACCGCGUGGUGGGGCCCACCAACCUGCCCAGCCGCGACAAGUACAAGUUCGACGCUCCCUCGGGCACGCUGUACAUCAGGGCAGUGUCCACGGCGGAGGCCGGCUUCUACCGCUGCGUGGCCAAGAACGUGGACAACAAGCGGCUGGUGGUGAAGGCGGUGGAGCUGGUGGUGCGCAGCAGCCCCGAGGACUUGGAGGACUCCAUCUUCGAGACAUCCCUGUUCCGGGGCCUGGUGUCCGUCGGCGCAGUGCUGCUGCUGCUGCUGCUCGGCGUCCUGCUGUUCCUCCUGUGUCGGAGGAGGGGCGCCUCCGAGCUGGCAGGGGCGGUCGACGAGGAGUCCCGCGGGGAGGCGACGGCGCGGAGGGGCACCUACAACCCCACCACGGUGCCCGUGACGUCGCCCCAGAAGCCGGGGGCCAGCCAGGGCGUCGACAACCCGGCCUUGGAGACGGACUUCCCCCGGGUGUUCCGGGCCCUGCAGCGCGACGACAAGGCAUGAGGCGGCCUCCUCUCGCCGUCCGAACAUCGUCGCAGGGUGGACAGUGGCGGAUCCAGGAUUUUGGUUUGGGAGGGGCCAUGACCCAGCUGAGGCUAGGCUUUAUCAAGGCAAACACUAAAACAAUAGUGGACCCAGAUGCUUUUGGAGGGGGCUUGCGCCCCUUAGCUCCCCCUCUGUAUCCGCUACUGAGGGGGGAAAAGACUCUCUCUGCACCUCGGGGCCGAAACGUGCCUUUGUCCAGAUUCAGUGACAGCCCUGUACGCCACUUUCGCUGUCCAAAUUAUCUGUAUAGUAUUAUCUUUGGGUUUGUCAGUUUCUCGCUGCAUUGUUCAAGGUUGUUUUAUGUCUGUAUUUACUGAUCUUUUUUUGCGACUGUCUCAUCAUUGUGAGCCCACUGUGUUCGUCUAUGCUGUGAUAUUUUUCUGAGUAAUUCCUUCCAUUGAAUUCUCUGUGCUGUCUAAACGUAAGCUGAAUUUAGCUUGUUUUCUGUUUGAUUAUCUUUUUUGCUAAUAAUUCUUGAGGUUUCUUUACAAACAUCAGUGUUUACCAGCAAUGACACAUGCCCACCAAAAUGUUUUCAAUCAAUGUGGAUGAUUCAACAAAGACGGAGGGAAUAAAAACUCUACAUUCACACAAAUGAGGGCAACACAGGCAAAAACAGCAAAGCUUCCUACAAUGAAACCGUUGCUGCAACACACAAAUGGCCUGCUAUAACAAGCACAUGUCCACUCCUCAUUUCCUUACUUAUUCCCAUUGCAAAAUUUGUGUUUAACAAAACAAUAAUUGCCAGCAUUGUUUUCAGAAUUGUAGACACUUAUUUUGGCACGUGCAAAUAACCACGACUGAGUUUUUUUGUAGGGAAAUUCUGAUACAGGGCCACAAAUGAAAAGGGACACACAUCCUCAACUAGCCUUAGCGCUCAUGGGCCUGUGGACUAGCAGCACACAAGCCACUCCAGUUGUGCAACCUUUGAACUGAACAAAAUAUAUCACUAGAACUACCAUCACUUGAAGAAGAGUGUUACCAACAAGAUACAGAGCUAUGGUAUUUUAAAUGUUUGUGACAUAAACUUCAGAGUGAAAUUUAAAUUAAUUGAGUGUGUGGUUUUCUUAGGUGCAUAUACUAUUUAUGAAUGAUGAUUGAAUGGUAUACCUAGAUGUUCCUAAAACCAAAGUGAAUAACUUAUGGAAAGAGUUAAUACAGAAUGUUAUUUUCUUGACUACUGUUGUAAAUCUGUUAUUAACAGUUGUUUGAAAGUGCCAUAAUUGUAGAAUAUGUACGUAUUGUUAGUUCGAAGGGAAUACCUUAUUGAUUGAUUAUUCGCUAUGCUUGCCUUGAUUUACAGUUUGAGCUAAGUUCAUUAGCUCCUCACCAAAACUCUCAUGAACAGAGGCGUAACUAGACUAGUUCCCAACCAGGGCAAGAACUCAUCUUGGCAAACACCCCCACCCCUCUCCCUUUUUUUUAAACCAACCAAAACCAAAACAUUUCCCGACAAUGCACCGCAUAUUGUAACAACAUAUUAAUUCCACUGUACUAUUCCAAAUAUAUUUUUGAUUUUCCAAAUAUAUUUAUAUUUAAUUUAGAUGGUAAAUAAAUAGUUUUGCAGUCAUUGCAAGUUAAAUAGUGUGCGAAAAAUACCAUAUGUAUACAUUUGUGCUAUCUUUCAAUACAAAUACAUAAUUCAGUUCAUCAGCCC